UGAAGCAGAUGAUCCAGGACUGAAGCAGGACUGAAGCAGAUGAUCCAGGAUGUCGGACCGGAGCGCCCCGGGCUGCCGGCUCCGACUGGAUUGGGUCUACGGGUACCGGGGCCAUCAGUGCCGAAAUAACCUGUACUACACCGCCGGGAAGGAGCUGGUGUACUUCGUGGGCGGGGUGGGCGUGGUGUAUAACACCAGAGAGCACAGCCAGAGGUUCUACCUGGGACACAACGACGACAUCAUCAGCCUGGCGUUGCACCCUGAGCGCUCCCUGGUGGCCACGGGUCAGGUGGGCAAGGAACCCUACGUGUGUGUGUGGGACUCCUUCACCGUGACCACCGUCUCUCUGCUGCGCGACGGACACACACACGGCAUCGCCUGCCUCGCAUUCAGCGCUGACGGACAGCGUUUAGCCUCGAUUGGCCUCGAUGCCAAAAACACUUUGUGUAUCUGGGAGUGGAAAAGAGGAAAGAUCCUCGCUACAGCCACCGGACACUCAGACAGGAUUUUUGACAUCAGCUGGGAUCCGUGUCAACAGAGCCGUCUGGUGAGCUGUGGAGUCAAACACAUCAAGUUCUGGUCUCUGUGUGGAAACGCUCUCACUCCAAAGCGAGGGAUUUUUGGGAAGACGGGCGACCUGCAGACCAUCCUGUGCCUGGCGUCGGCUAAAGAUGACCUCACUUACUCCGGGGCGCUCAACGGAGACAUUUACGUCUGGAAGCUGCUCAACCUCAUCCGAACCGUCCAGGCUGCACACGGGGCCGGUAUCUUCAGCAUGUAUUCCUGUGAGGAAGGUUUCGCCACAGGAGGCAGAGACGGCUGCAUCAGACUUUGGGACCCAGACUUCAAACCCAUCACCAAGAUCGACCUUCGAGAGGCCGAGCAGGGGUACAAAGCUUUAUCUAUUCGCAGCGUCUGCUGGCGGGCCGACCGGAUCCUGGCAGGAACGCAGGACAGCGAGAUCUUUGAGGUGAUGGUGCGGGAUCGGGACAAGCCCCUGCUGAUCAUGCAGGGUCACAGCGAGGGAGAGCUCUGGGCGCUGGACGUUCACCCCAAAAAAGCUCUGGCCGUCACCGGCAGCGACGACCGCUCCGUCAGGUUGUGGAGUCUGGUGGAUCACGCCCUCAUCGCUCGCUGCAACAUGGAGGAGGCGGUGCGGAGCGUGGCCUUCAGCGUGGACGGAUACCAGCUGGCUCUGGGCAUGAAGGACGGAUCUUUCACUGUGCUGAGAGUCAGAGACAUGACGGAGGUGGUCCACAUCAAGGACAGGAAGGAGGUGAUCCAUGAGAUGAAGUUUUCUCCGGACGGAGCGUACAUCGCUGUCGGCUCCAACGACGGAUUAGUGGACAUCUACGCUGUCGCCCAGAGAUACAAGAAGGUAGGAGAGUGUAACAGUAACUCCUCCAGCUUCAUCACUCACCUGGACUGGUCUCUGGACAGUAAAAUCCUGCAGACCAAUGACGGAGCGGGAGAGCGAUUCUUCUACCGCAUGCCUAUGGGGAAGCCGUUGGUCAGUAAGGAGGAGGUCAAAGGUCAGAGCUGGGCGACCUGGAGCGGCGUCCUGGGCUCCGACGUCAGCGGCAUCUGGCCAAAAUACUCCAAUCUAACGGAAAUCAACGCCGUGGACGCGAAUCUGUCAGCCGCCGUGCUCGUUACCGGGGACGACCUCGGCCUCGUUAAGCUCUUCCGCUUCCCCUGCCACCGGAAAGGUGCCAAAUUCAAGAAGUACAUUGGUCACUCUGCACACGUCACUAACGUCCGCUGGUCACAUGACCUGCAGUGGGUGCUGACGACGGGCGGAGCCGACCACGCCCUCUUCCAGUGGAGGUUUCUCCCGGAGUCAAUCAUGAACGGAGGACCGGACAUCAACAUCCAAGACAGUCACGGGGACUCGAACAGCGAGGAGUCGGACAGCGACGUGUCGGACGUCCCGGAGCUCGACUCUGACAUCGAGCAGGAGACGCAGAUCAACUACGACAGACAGGUUUAUAAGGAGGACCUUCCUCAGUUGCGGCAGCAGAGCAGAGAGAAGAAGCAGCAGGUGGGAUCUCUGAAGAGACAGAAUGGACCGGACCAGGGCCUCCGGCUGCAGUUUGUACACGGUUACCGUGGUUACGACUGCAGAAACAACCUGUUCUACACGCAGGGGGGGGAGGUGCUGUACCACGUGGCGGCGGUGGGCGUGGUCUACAGCCGGACUCUGCACACACAGCGCUUCUACCUGGGACACGACGACGACAUCCUGAGCCUCAGCAUCCACCCUCUGAAGGACUACGCUGCUACAGGACAGGUGGGGCGGGACCCGGCCAUCCAUGUGUGGGACGUCCAGACUCUGAAGUGUCUCUCUCUGCUGAGAGGUUUCCACCAGAGAGGAGUGUGUGCUCUGGACUUCUCAGCGGAUGGGAAGAGUCUGGUGUCGGUGGGACUCGAUGACGGACACUCGAUCGUGAUCUGGGACUGGAAGAGAGGAGAGAAACUCGCUACUGCCUGGGGUCAUAAGGAGAAGAUAUUUGUGGUGAAGUGUAAUCCCAUGCUGAUGGACAAGCUGGUCACUGUGGGAAUCAAACACAUCCAGUUCUGGCAACAUGCGGGUGGCGGUCUGACCUUUAAGCGCGGUGCGUUCAAGGCCGUGGCGCGUCCGGAGACCAUGAUGUCGGUGUGUUACGGCCGCAGCGAGGCGUUGGUGUUCUCUGGCGGAGCAACAGGAGACGUUUACAUCUGGAAGGAAGCGCUGCUGCUGAAAACCAUCAAAGCCCACGAUGGACCCGUGUUCGCCAUGUUCUCCCUCGACAAGGGUUUUGUGACGGGGGGUAAGGACGGCGUGGUGGAGCUGUGGGACGACAUGUUCGAGCGCUGCCUGAAGACGUACGCCAUCAAGAGAGCCUCGCUGUCCCCGGGGUCCAAAGGCCUGCUGCUGGAGGACAACCCCUCCAUCAGAGCCCUCACUCUGGGUCACGGUCACAUCCUGGUGGGAACCAAAAACGGAGAGGUUGUGGAGAUCGACAAAACCGGACCCAUGACCCUACUCGUGCAGGGUCACAUGGAGGGUGAGGUUUGGGGUCUGGCUCCUCACCCCCUCCUCCACGUCUGCGCCACCGUCAGCGAUGAUAAGACUCUGAGACUCUGGGAGACGUCGAGCAAUCACCGCAUGGUGGCCGUCCGCAAGCUGAGGAGAGGCGGUCGCUGCUGCUCCUUCUCCCCCGAUGGGAAGGCCCUUGCGGUGGGUCUGAGUGACGGGGGGGUGAUGGUGGUGAACGCAGACACGCUGGAGGACCUGCUAAGCUUCAACCACCGCCGAGACGCCAUCUCAGACAUCCGCUUCACCCCAGACUCAGGUAAAUUCCUGGCGGUGGCGUCCCAUGACGGCUUCGUGGACAUCUACAACGUGCAGAGCAGCAAGAGGGUGGGGAUCUGCAAAGGAGCGUCCAGCUACAUCACACACAUCGACUGGGACCUCAAGGGUAAACUGCUGCAGGUGAACACAGGAGCCAAAGAGCAACUUUUCUUUGAAGCUCCGAGAGGAAGAAGACAAAUAAUCAAAAACUCUGAGCUGGAGCGGGUGGACUGGUCCAGCUGGACGUGUGUUUUGGGCUCCAGCUGUGACGGGAUCUGGCCGACUCACAGCGACAUCACGGACAUCAACGCCGCCUCGCUCACCAGAGAUGGAGCGCUGCUCGCCACCGGAGACGACUUCGGAUUCCUGAAACUGUUCGGAUACCCCGUCAGAGGUCAGUACGCUCGUUUUAAGCGCUACGUGGGCCACAGCGCGCAGGUGACCAACGUCCGCUGGAACCAGGACGAUUCGGCCCUGCUAACGGUGGGGGGUGCCGACACCGCCCUCAUGAUCUGGGCGAGGGAGCGAGGGGGCGGGGCCAGUGGGGAAGGGGAGGGGCCUCUGAGUCGAGACAACCGACCGACCGUCGACAGCGAGGAGUCGGAGGACGACGUCGAUGAGGAUGGAGGCUACGACAGUGACGUUGCUCGUGAGAAGACGGUGGAUUACACGACGAAGAUGUACGCCGUCAGCAUCAGAGAGAUGAGAGGAACCAAACCUCACCAACAGCUGAGAGAGGUUUCUGCAGAGGAGAGGCCUCCAGUGAGUCGAGCGGCGCCGCAGCCAGAAAAACUGCAGAAGAAGAACAACGUGUCUAAGAAGAAGAGACUAGUGGAGGACCUGGUUUUGGAGCACGUGUUUGGUUUUCGAGGAUUCGAUUGUCGUAAUAACCUUCACUACCUGAACGACGGCACAGACAUCGUUUAUCACACGGCCGCCACCGCCAUCGUGCACAGCCUCAGCACCGGAACUCAGAGCUUCUACCUAGAGCACACUGACGACAUCCUCUCUCUGACCGCCAACCAGCACCCCAAGUACAAGAACGUCAUCGCCAGCGGACAGAUCGGCGACAUCAGUGAAGUGCCAGGUACGACCCCUUCGAUCCACGUGUGGGACGCGAUGAGCAAACAGACGCUGUCCAUCCUCCGCUGUCCGCACACUAAAGGCGUCGGCUACGUGAACUUCAGCGCCACGGGGAAGCUGCUGCUGUCCGUCGGGGUGGAGCCUGAACACACCAUCACCGUGUGGAGGUGGCAGGAAGGAUCCAAGGUGUGCAGUAAGGCCGGACACCCCGACCGGAUCUUCGUGGUGGAGUUUCGCCCGGACUCAGACUCGCAGUUUGUGUCGGUGGGAAUCAAACACGUGAAGUUCUGGACGCUGGCGGGCGGCGCUCUGAUGUACAGGAAGGGCGUAGUGGGCACGGUGGAGGACGCACGCAUGCAGACCAUGCUGUCCGUCGCAUUCGGGGCUAAUAACUUGACGUUCACUGGAGCGAUUAACGGGGACGUGUACGUGUGGCGGGAUCACUUCCUGCUGCGCGUGGUGGCGAAGGCUCACACAGGACCGGUGUUCACCAUGUACACCACGCUGAGGGACGGACUCAUCGUCACCGGGGGCAAGGAGAGGCCGACUAAGGAGGGGGGUGCAGUGAAGCUCUGGGAUCAGGAGAUGAAGCGCUGUCGAGCGUUCCAGCUGGAGACGGGGCAGCAGGUGGAGUGUGUGCGCUCCGUCUGCAGAGGGAAGGGUAAGAUCCUGGUGGGGACGAAGGACGGGGAGAUCAUCGAGGUCGGGGAGAAGAACGCGGCGUGCAACCUGCUGCUGGACAGCCACGCUCGGGGGGGAAUCUGGGGUCUGACGGCCCAUCCCACCAAAGAGAUCUGCAUCACCGCCAGCGAGGACGCCACUAUCCGACUGUGGGACCUCGAGGACAAGAAACUGUUGAACAAGGUGUGUGUGGGCGCCGCGGCUCGCUGUGUGAGCUUCAGCGCAGACGGAGAGAUGCUGGCGGUCGGGAUGAAGAACGGAGAGUUCCUACUCCUCCUCACCAACUCGCUGAAGGUGUGGGCGAAGAAACGAGAUCGCAGCAUCGCCCUCCAGGACAUCCGCUUCAGUCCCGACCGCUCUCUGCUGGCGGUUGCCUCGGUGGAGAACACGGUGGAUGUUUACGAUGUGAGCGGAGGACCCACUCUCAGCCGGCUGGUUUACUGCAGCGACCUGCCCGCCUUCAUCCUGCAGCUCGACUUCUCCGCUGACAGCUGCCACAUACAGGUGUCCACAGGAGCCUAUAAGCGGCAGGUGUUUGAGGUUCCUUCGGGAAAGUCGGUGAGCGACCAGACCGUCAUCGACAGAAUCACCUGGGCAACCUGGACCAGCAUCCUGGGAGAUGAAGUUUUGGGGAUUUGGCCUCGAAACGCAGACAAAGCGGAGGUCAGCUGUGCGUGUGUGUCUCACGGCGGCCUGAACGUUGCCACGGGAGACGACUUCGGUUUGGUCAAACUGUUCGACUUCCCCUGCACAGAGAAGUUUGCCAAACACAAGCGCUACCUCGGCCACUCGGCUCACGUGACAAACAUCCGCUUCUCCCACGAAGACAAAUACGUGAUCAGCACCGGAGGAGACGACUGCAGCGUGUUCGUGUGGAAAUGUCUGUAAAACGCAGCUUCCUGUCGUCUGAGCGCCUUAACACAAGUGGAUCCAGAGGGAAUCGAACCAGCGACCUUCAACCUUCGCUAACAGAGUUUACAAGCUGGAGAACAGGCAGAAAAAACGUUGACUGCAGCCAAACAAUGACCCUGAAAAUAAACAACUGACGAGAACCUGAAGACAACACAACAACAUUUGGGAUUUUCACAGAAAACGUUAUUUCCCCGGAGCGAGAUGCAUAAAAUCUGUGUGCACACAAGACGUAAAUAUCUAUUUGUAUUUGUCAGAUGUAUGAAGUUUUAUUUUUUAUGAAUCAUUGUGGAUAAAUUCAUUUAUCAAGUCUA